GCUGCAACCACAACCGACCGCCGACCAGACAUGGCAGAAUCGCCCGGCAAGCAGCAGGUCGUUGCCCUAGCGCAGGUUAGCAACACCCAGAAUGUCUCGAUUAAGCAGGAAUCCGGUGUCGUCGAGGAUUCCAUCGACGAGAGUUCAAAGAAGAAUAAGAGCAACUACUCCAAGGUCGUCAUCGCUGACCUCAACGUCGACCCUCCCGAAAGCGACGGCGAUGAUUGUGCCUCCAUCGCUCCUCUUGAUUCCACCAAGAGCAUUAAGGAAGAAAAUUGUGGGGAGAAAAGUACCUCAGUAUGUAAAGACGUUGUGGUUGAUGCCACAGAARGAGAAGCUAAACGGUUAAAUAAACUGGGGAAGUGUUGUUCAAGAAUUAACAAGGGAAAAUGUUCUCUUGAAUGUGGGCCUGAUACGGAUGCCGAUCAACACUGUCAAGGGGCUCCAGCAUCCCGUGAGGAAAAAGUCAAGCAGCCUUAAAACUGGAUUGGUUCAUGUUGCAAGGAAGAUGCCUAAAAA